AUGACUAUUCACACCACUCCAUCAAGCUCUAGUUCGAGUUCGAGCGGCAGAGUCUAUUUCCUUGACAUCGGUCUAUCAACAUAUCCAAACCCCAAUGGCCGCAUUGUCACUUGCAAGCCAGAUGGGUCCGACGUCCGCGAGCUAGUCACCCAAAUCAAGACUCUGCCCGAUGGAAUUGCCAUCGAUUCCGACCGUCAACACAUCUAUUGGACCAAUAUGGGCGUACCCUCUGCCAACGACGGGUCAAUUCAACGCUGCGAUUUGUCUGGAAAGAACAUUGUGACCAUUAUCCCCGAAGGCCAAACACAUACACCAAAGCAAAUGACAAUUGCAAAGCAGUCACAGAAGCUGUACUGGUCUGACCGUGAAGGAAUGCGCGUCAUGCGGGCCAACAUGGACGGCAGCGAUAUCGAAAUGCUAUAUCGAUCUGCUUCACCGGACUCCGACAAACAAUGCACGUUGAACUGGUGCGUGGGAAUCACCGUUGACGAGGAGUCUGAAGUCAUCUACUGGUCCCAGAAAGGACCUCCUCGAGCGGGCCAAGGUCGAAUUUUCCGAAUGAACAUGCAAAUGAGUGCCGGAGAGUCACCGGAGCGGAGAUCUGAUGUCAAGUGUAUUUUGGACGGCCUUCCAGAGCCUAUUGACCUGGAGCUGGACACCGCAACUCAAACCCUCUACUGGACUGAUCGUGGCGAUCCCCCAUGUGGGAACACUGUCAACUCAGUUGUUCUAGACGCAACUGUCGAUAAGCUACAGCCAACGAUUUUGGUUCGAAAGCUUCAUGAAGGAAUUGGGAUUUCUUUGGACCUGCAAAAUCGCCGCAUGUUCUUCGGUGACCUCGGAGGUGGUUUGUAUAGUGCAAACUUGGAUGGGUCCUGUAAGAACACUCUCAUCCCCGAAAUUGGGGGUGUUACCACAGGCAUCUUCUAUGUUGAAUAA